AUGGCCAAAGUCCCAAGAAGUUUCAGACUUUUAUCUGAGCUUGAACACGGAGAAAAAGGAAUCGGAGAUGGAUCAUGUUCUUACGGAUUAAAGGACUCUGACGAUAUCGCAAUGUAUGAAUGGAAUGGAACUAUUCUCGGACCACCUCAUUCAGCUUAUGAAAAUAGAAUUUUCAGUCUAAGUAUUUUCUGUGGUGAUAACUAUCCUGAUCUUCCUCCUUUGGUCAAAUUUGAAAGUAAAAUCACUCUCCCAUGUGUUGAUCAACAAGGUUUUGUAAACUUCGCUAGGAUCCCUUCUAUCGCUCAGUGGAAAAGAGAUUUCACCCUUGAGACUGUUUUGGUUGAAUUAAGGAGAGAUAUGGCAUCUCCAUCCAAUCGAAAGACACCUCAACCUCCCGAGGGAACCGAUUUCCCACCUGCAGACCUUGAGAUCAUCGCCAAACAAAGGAGACUUUAA